CUAAGUUAGCUUAGUAUUAAUCAUCUUUACAAAAACGGUCUUCAGUACUUCUGGGAUGUUUACUUAAAAAAAUUGCUGCCAUUUGAGAAAAGGCAUCUUUUCAAAAAUGUAGCUACAAGACAGAGUCACCCAAGAGCGGCUUACAAGGUGGAUAUAAAAAAUAAAUUAAAACAUAAAUUAAAAAGGUAGAAAUAAUACAAAGUAAAACUAUAGCUUUUAAAUCGCCAAUUGAUACCUCAGUAAAUAUGGCCUAUGCCUGUUGCAGCAGUCACUUAAUCGUCUAAGUAACAAUACGUCACAUUAAUAAGGAACUGGGAGCAUUAAAACAGUUUAUUCAAUUCUUUAUUGCACACUGUGCCUGUGUAUUCGUCUCCACAAACCGUCUUUUCGUUCCAAGAUUAUUUUUAAAAACUCUCUUUCGUUUUGUGACAAACCCUGUGGGGACAAGUUGGCAAACGUCUUGUCUGUAAGUCAGAUUAUGUCAGCGGCGGAGGCUGAGCCCAGCUCCUUUCUGUGUAAGCAGGCUGGCCAGUUCGUGCGCACAUGCUCAGUGAGGUCAUUUGUGCGCACGGAAGCUUUAAGAGCGCAGCGCUGGAAGCAGACGCCAGCAAAGCUCGGUAGAGAAGCACAGGCGCACUCGGAGGAGGAGGGCGCAGAUAUCCUGCGGACCAUCAGCUACCAGAUGAGCCAUCACUGACAGCCGCAGACCCGGCUCUGCGCUGGGCACCCGGAGCGAGGCGCAUGCAUUUGUGCCACACGGCUCUACUCACAACUUGUUCUCCAUAGACACUUUUCCUCAUCCUGUUUACUUGUCCAUUCGUUGUCAUCAUGGUACUGGGCAAAGUGAGGGCCUUGGCGAUCUACUUUGACAGUCUGAAUGAGAACAACCUGCCGGUGUUCUCCGGAGGAGACCUGGUGUCGGGGAGGGUUGUUGUGGAGGUCACUGGGGAUGUGCGGGUCAAGAGGUUGGACAUAACCGCGAGAGGAGUCGCCAAGGUCCGGUGGACAGAGUCGAGAAACGCCGGAGCAAACACGGCUUAUACUCAGAACUACACAGAGGAGGUGGAAUACCUGCAUCAUUACGACACCUUGAUAGGAGAGGAGAGAGAUGAGGACUGUCCAGAGGAGGGCGUGACUGUCCUGCACACAGGCUUACAUGAGUUUGCUUUCAGCUUCAACCUGCCUCAGAUGGCUCUGGCGACUUCCUUUGAAGGGAAGCAUGGCAGUGUGAGGUACUGGGUGAAAGCUGAACUGCACCGUCCAUGGCUGCUCCCCGUCAAAGUGAAGAAGGAGUUCAUUGUGUUUGAACACAUUGACAUCAACACCCCCCUGCUGCUGGCCCCUCAGGCUGGUACAAAGGAGAAAACGCUGUGCUGCUGGUUCUGUGCUUCAGGCCCUAUCUCCCUCAGUGCCAAAAUAGAGCGAAAGGGCUACACACCAGGUGAGUCAAUCCAAAUCUUUGCUGAGGUGGAGAACUGUUCAUCACGCGUUGUGGUCCCUAAGGCCGCGCUUUACCAGACUCAGACCUUCUUCGCUAAGGGGAAGGGUAAGGAGAUCCAGCAGCUGGUGUCCAAUGUGCGAGGAGAUCCUCUGCCACAAGGGAAGAGCCAGAGCUGGGAGGGAAAACUGCUCAAAAUCCCUCCUGUGUCCCCUUCCAUCCUGGACUGUCCCAUCAUCAAAGUAGAAUAUGCCCUUGUGGUGUACGUGGACAUUCCAGGUGGUUUGAAUUUGUCACUCUCAUUGCCGUUGGUGAUAGGAACCAUACCUCUUCAUGCUUGCACCACCCGCACCUCCAGCAUCAGCAGCAACUGCAGCACUUUGAGCUGGCUGGGCCUGCCAGAGAGACCUGAGGCUCCACCAAGCUACAGCGAUCUGGCCAUAUCAGAGUCUCACAGGCAGGAUUAUCUGCAGGGAUGUGAUAGGUCUGACGCGGAGGGUGAGGACCGCGGAUCUCUGCUAACAUACAUCACAGAGUUCAGAUAUCUGCCUCCGCCACUGUAUUCGGAGGUCGAUCCUUAUCCUGACCCCUUAGAGGUGCAAGGGACUGUGGAGGUCAGGAGACCUGACACCUGUCCCUCCCGCUGAGGAGAGUCCGGGAUCGCUGAAGCCUGUGCACAAAAAGACAGAGCUGCUCUCAGCCACCUGGCCCACACAGCCAGCUUCUCACCAGAUUAUAUAUCACCGUAAAUAAGGCUGGACUCUGCCUGACCCGGGGAAAGUCAGCUGAGAGAGUAUUUGGUGACCAUUGAAGUGAUGGACCAGGGAUUUCAAGCCGUGCUGGAUCCGCCACAUCGUGUGCUCAAGACAUGGCAAAAAAGACAGUUUUUUAACACCACUUUAUGACUCUGACAAGGCAGAGAACAAAGACUACUCCAAGUGGUCAGAAGAAGCCUCCUCCUGCCUCACAGUGAAUUUUGCACAUGCCGUUAUUACUGUUUUUCUAUCAGUGGUUUUCUAUACUGCAGAUUGCCGCAGGCCUAUACGCUACAGUAUAUAUAUAUGUAUAUGUAUACAUAGAAUAUUUCACUCUAAAUGGGCACAUUAGUGACAGGAUAAGAGCUAUCUGCAGUAGUUCAGAUGGCUGAACUUGUGACUGUGGCCUGAAGCUGCCACUGUCCCCAUCCAGACUUCAGGUGGAAACUGUCUCAUUUAGUGAACAAAGAUGAAAAUUCAUUGAGAUUCAAAAAAAAAAAAAAAAAAAAAAAAAAAGACAGAUGGCAUCACUGAUGCAGAAAUGUGUCACAUCAACGACCACCUCGAGCGUUUAGAGCUCACAUUGUGUGUGUGUGUGUGUGUGUGUGUGUGUGUGUGUGUGUGUGUGUGUGUGUGUGUGUGUGUGUGUGAGGGAAAGAAAGUUUAGAGACCAGGUGUAAACCCCAACUGGGUCCACAAAAAAAGCACAACUCCAACUAACUAAGAUAAAAUACCACAAGUCGCCUGCUGGUUUCAGCUCUAAGCUAGAGCUUCUCUCGCUGUAGAUUUUUCCAGAAGUUUUGUGUUUGCAAAAAAAAAAGAAAAA